AUGCCUCCUAAGCGAAUCCGUUGCACCGCUGCUUCGUGCCGUGAGCCCGCUCAACGGAUCGUUGGCGACUGCACCUUUUGCCAAGGUCAUUUCUGCGGCAAGCACCGCCUACUAGAAGACCACAAGUGUACCGGUCUCGAGGACUGCAAGAAGCAGUCUCACGAGCGUAACGCUGCACAACUCGAGUCGGAACGAACCCAGGUUAUCCGGGGUGUGUAA